CGGCUUGGCUGCAGACGACGACCAUCUCCUCCUCCUUUAUCUUCGAUUUCGCUAUAACAACCCCCAGCAACUGGUCUGGGCGAGGGCUUUGGAUCUGACACCAAUUGAUAUUCCCUCUCUUGCUUCUCUUUCACAUCUCUUUCUCUCGAGGGCAUCUGGUCGUCCACCAUGGCAGUCACGCCAUCGAGCGUAGCAGCCAUCGUCUCCACCUACGUACCCCCAUUCUUAGGAGUACCCACCGGUACCACAGCAGCCUCAGCGCCUACCGCCUCACCGACAGGCACAGACCCCACCAUACCCCCGAUAACAGAUGGCAAGGCAUGGAUCACCGCCUACCUGCUCAUGCACAGGCUGUCGGCAGCCUCCUUUCGGUAUGCCUACCUCAUGUGGAUCGUCAUCCUCUUCUUUGGUCUCCUCUUCGCUCUCCUCCACUGGACAGGCUUCCGCGGUGGAUUCAUAGGCGCAUCAUUCGACAAGUGGGCAUAUAGGCGCAGAACAUGGAGGAAGAAGCAUGCUCUCAAAGCCGCCCCGCAUCGGCAGCCAACAGCCCUUCCGUCCAAUGCCCAGCUUCUCUCUCUUCUUAUCCUCCUUGUUGGCCCUAUCCUUCUCUCCUUCAUCGGCCCGGACUAUAUCAGGCCUGACAUACCCCUCUGGGACCUCACCAACACGCUCUCUAUCGCCCGGCGCGACACGAGUUCCACGGCCGUUAUGACUCCACCACAGAUUACGAUCGACAAGACAUGGUGGACGUCGAGCAACCGGAUGGGACUGAUCGCAUUUGCGCUCUUCCCGCUCUCAGUUCUUCUGGCACUCAAAGCCCCGCCUUUUGCUCUUUUCGCCCUCCCCGUCCUCACCUCGCUCCACUUCGACAAGCUGACCCGACUCCACAAGUGGUGCGGUCGCAUCGUAUACCUUCUCACAGUCGGGCAUGUCGCCACCUGGGCCGUGCAGCUGGCGAAGGACAGACAGACAGGCGUUAGCGACAGGCCCGCAAUUAGCUUCGUUCUGUUGUAUGAAGAUUUUCUCUUCGCCGUCACUGCAUUCAUAUGUUUCACACUCCUUAUCAUUUUCUCUAUCGGCCCUAUCCGAGACCGCUACUACGAGACGUUCCGGUACCUGCAUAUACUUCUCGUCCCCGCGACCCUCGUCUUCUCCGCCCUGCAUUUCCCCCCCCUCGGCGCAUGGUGUUACGUUGCCUUAGGCCUGUGGGUCGCUGAGCGGAUAUACAGGUACUGCAGGCAGUUCUGGGUCAAUGGCGCAUUUGGGACGAAAAAGGUUAAUGGACCGCUCGCCAAUGAACGGUCACUCCCUCCCACUCCCUAUGCCCCAGGGAAGGAAUGGCAGGCGAGUACAAAACCGAACAUCACUGUCCGGUUCUCCCAGUUCACCCACAACGAAAAGCCACUCCCCCUCCCUACCCCCACCGAGGAGCCACCUCACUCCUACCCGCCUAUUAAGAUUCGCCGCAAGUCGGUGGACGACUCCUUCACCGAGUUCAUCUCCGAGUACUACCAGUACGACGGUUCCUCUACGGAUGUCACCAAACCAUCAUCUAUUAUCGCAGACCGCCAGUACUCGAUAGACCACUCACCAGCCAGCUCUCUAGACCUCAUAGCCACUCCCCACCCCGGUGUCGGGGGAGUCCCCCCCGAGUACAGCAACACGUACAGCAAGGAGUUGCCCACACGUGAGAGACCUAUUUCUCCAACAGGUGGGUAUGUUCCCACCCCCCCAGGAUUCGCCCACGCUAUCGCUCUGCCCGGUCGUACCGUCCUCCUCACCCUGCAGACCAGCCGGCCUCUCACCUGGGCUCCUGGGCAACACGUCCUCCUCCGUGUGCCUGCACUAUCAAAGCUCACCAUGCACCCGUUCACGAUCGCCUCCUGCUGCGACAAAGAGGAGCGGAGCGAGCUUGUGCUCCUCAUUCGCGCUAAAAAGGGGUUCACCCUUCAGCUAUGGAGACACAUCUACCAGCGUAGUGGGCCGAGCCGAACAGUUGCAGAGACGCUCUUCACGCCCAGUGGCCGGCCCAAGAGAGGCAUUCUCAUGCACGCCACUGUUGACGGGCCAUAUGGCUCUGCGGAACGGGCACGCUGGGGUGAUGCCUCUACCGUCGUCAUUAUUGUAGGUGGAUCCGGUGUGUCGUUCGGGACGGCCAUCCUAGAGUAUCUGUGUCUUUGUCUCAAGGGGAAGGACGGGAAGACUCUAGGUGGGAGGACGACCAAGGGUGGGAAGCUCAAAACAGACCGGAUACGAUUCGUAUGGACUGUUAGGGAGUACUCCCACCUUCAAUGGUCUGCGUCUAUCAUUCGUCGUUGUCUGGAUAUGAUGCCCCGGCAUCUCCUGCAAAUCGACAUCUUCGUCACUAACGGGAUGAAGUACCCGAUUUCACAGGUCUCCUCCGACGCGCGCUCGAUGGCUUACCAGUCUCAGGUCUUCGAGGAUGACGCUACCCUCGCCCCUCCCGUCGCGCAAUUUGCUAGGACAGGUCGCCCCCGAACAAUGUCCAAUGCGUCCAACGGGAGUGCAGACUCGGGUGUAAGCGACAACGAGGUCACUGACUUGAACUACGCGUCGGACGAAGGUGGGCGACUGCCCCGAAAGCUGGUCGCUGUUAACCCGGACGAGGAAGAAGAGCCGCAUAUCCUCGACAUGACCAACUUCGAUGAUGAGGACGACACGCGCAUGCCUGGUGAGGACUUGCUCUCCCAGAAGGUGCGCAAGGAAGGCAAGGUCCGUCGUGCGAUCUCGAGGCGCUUCACGGGUUCUACUAUUGCGAGAGACCUGCGACACAUACCGCGCGACUCGGAGCCUAGCAUGCUCCCGUAUGCUAACAGCCCGACAGCAUCGACGAUGAAAGGAGCUCCUGGUAGCAUGUAUUCAGUGCCAGCCGGACUCCCACAUGCCAACAGCCCUACGACCCCAACGAUGAGAGGGGCACAUGGUAGCAUGUACUCGGUGCCGGCCGUACCCUCGCAUGCGAGCAGCCCGACAACGCCGACAGUGAAGGGCGCACCUGGUAGCGUGCGCAUAGGGUCCGUCGCACCACCCAUCAGUUGCCGAUCCUCGGCAGAACAACCAGCCAGUCCUAGUUCGUUCUAUCCCCCUGGACACCCAGGACGUCGCUCUGAUGUCACAGCCCCACCAUACGACGAUACAACUCCCCGUCAAACUGUCUUUUCUUCUGCCGACAUGUAUGUGGAGAGUGUCGAUCCGCUGUCCUUUGCUCCGCCACCUCCGUUUCGCCCGCCUCGCGCUCAGAGGACAGCUCUUAACACCAGUGUGGACCAGAGGCCGCGUCCUCCCCAUCUCGCUGGGCUGAUGGCUCCAGAAGGGUAUCAAUACGACUCUCCGAUAACGCCUUCGCCGGCUAAUCCACAUCAAUAUAAUGCUGCUCAUGAGCAACCUCCAACACACAAGAAGCGCGAAUCGAAGAGCUCCGUAUAUACCACGGGCAGCCAAGCUUCCUCCCUCUACAGCCAGGACCCAGCAUAUGAUACCCGAUCAAUUGGAGGAGCAGAGAGCGUGCGAUCGCUGGUUGAUCGCAAUAGUCAGCUUGUGGUUCCUAAGCACCAAAGGACAGCGUCGAAGAUUGACAUGGAUGACUGGGAAUUGGACGAUUUGAACGUCGUAUCUGAGAUGGCCCGGCCAGGACGACCGAAACUGGACAGGAUCCUCGCUGACGAGGUCGAACGUGCAAAUGGGGAGCUGACGGUCGCUUGCUGUGGUCCGGCCACGCUCAACGCCAUGGUCCGCAAGGUGGUUGCCGCUCAGAUCAACCCCAGUCGCCUGAUGAGGGGUGACAAGCGUGGGCGGAUCACACUUGUUACUGAGGACUUUGAGUGGUGAAAUUUGCCUUUGUCUGAAAUAUAUUGGAACUGUAUCCCUCGAAGUUAAUUAUGCAUGAUUGUCGCUCAUUGUAAUACUUGGACACUUAGUGACCUGCGGACACUUGAUCCACACACGUAUAAUGAAUGCAAU